AUGUCCAUGGCAACUUACAGCAGUCAUACUUUACCAAGUCGUGGAGGAGGAGGAGGGGGCAGCUUUUAUGGUGGAAGUGCUGGCCUCAUGGAGAAGAUACAUGAAAUGCUAACAGAGAGAGAGUGCAGCAUUUUCAAUGAAGGCCUAGCAGCUUAUCACAAAAGAAGAGAUGUGAGUAGAUUUGUGGAAUCCCUGAGCCUGGUACUGAAUACAAACGGGAAGAGACAGCUUCUAGUCCCAAUAAGGAACCAGUUUAUAAAACCAAGUGAUCUCAUCAAGUUUAAUGACCUCUCCAUCAAAUAUGGCAUAGCACUCCCGCUCAAAGGAAACACGGCUAAGAGCGGGAAGAAUAUGGUCAAUAAAACCCAGACAGGCCCAAAAGUCCUUGAGAUAAAGAGAGAUGAGAAAGGAGAAUGGGGUUUCAGCAUAAGAGGUGGGAUUGACUACGGGAUUGGUAUAUUUGUGUCCUGGGUUGACCGAGGCUCCAAUGUAGAGAAAGCUGGUUUGAAAGUUGGAGAUUACAUCCACAGAGUCAAUGAGGUUGGACUGGAAGGACUUACUUUUGCACAAGCCACUCAAAAAUCGUAG